GAGGCUACCACUACGUAAUAUCGCCUGGCAAAAUCCUCUGCGCAUCUCGAGAGGGAACACCAGUGCGCCUCGAGUGAUUAGCGUGCUACAAGCAGACCUGAAAAGAUACUCGCCGGACAUGUUUCCUCGGGCAAUGCCAGGAAGAUUGUACCACAGUCCAUACUUUUUACAUUUGUAUUUGGUUACCACCGAUGAUAAUGAACUUUAUAAAACCGUCAUACGCAAGCAAAUCCAGGACUGGUUGAAUGUUGUGGCGAAUAAAAAGAAUCAAGAAUGGUUGAUUGUGUAUGUGUCCAGCCCUGAAUCGAGAGGAAAAUCUGCAAGAUUUUUGGGAGUUGGCGCCAGUGUUUUUGAUCGCAUUAAGUCAGAUUUCAAUUUCAAGAAGGAACGCUGCGUCCGCGUCAAGCUUUACAAUGAUGUCAGCAAAGAUGCAGACUCGUGGACAGAGCUGCAGAAUCAUAUGAAAGAUGGCAUUGUAAAUAGCUUGAAUCAACAGAUACUCCAAUAUGAUGAGGACACUCGGCGCUUUGAUCAACAAAGGCUGAUGCCCGGAUGGAAUUAUUGUCAAUAUUUUAUCAUGAAAGAAGGAUUGGCGUACACCUUUGAAUUGAUGAACCUGUUUGAUGAGGCUCUCAUACAAUAUGAUGAAUUGGAAGCAUCCUUCUUUCAAACACUAGCAGAGCAGGGCGCUCCCUGGUUCGCAAAGUUUGGUGGCACCGAGCCAGAAGAUGACAGUGGGGACAUUCUGAAUAUCAAAAGAAAACCGUACCGAGAUAUGAUAAUGCAAAACACGAUCUCCAUUUUUGACUUUCGGAUGUAUUUGUUCGCGCGACAGUGCCAAUUACUUUUUCGGAUGGGCUAUGCCGUAGACAUCUGUCAGAGGGCAAAGGUCUUCAUUACGCAGUUUGCACGUACAAUUCAGGAGCAUCAGGUAUCUUUGAUUUCCUGUUUCCGAGAAUCGUGGAUUUAUUCUGCAUGCAUGAACGUUAUUGGGCACUGCGAAGAGUUGGUAGCUGUCUCAACACUACCCUCCGAGGUUCUCACAUUUUAUGAGGGCGCAAAGGCGGAUUUGUUGCAGUACGCGCGGAUGCAGUUGGAUAGCCUAGGAUUAGCAUCCAACCUUUUCCCCUAUUCUAUUCAUGCAAAUAUGCGGGGAUUGGAGACUGCCAAUCUGGAGCUAUUGAACGGGAAUGGAGCUGCCCCCAACGUCCAGGUUGACGCAAGAACAGUCGCAGAUAUUACCAAUUCGGAGCUGAAAGAAGCCAUGUCAUCUAUUGCUGCUUUUGAUGAUCUGUAUCUGAAAAUCACCAACAGAGCGGUAAAGAGCUGCGACGCGAGUGCACAUAGCAGAGCAAUGUGGCUUCUGAAAGGCGACAUUGCAUAUUUGCACUACACGCGCAACCGAUAUGAGGACGCCGCCAGCAUAUGGGAAACGAUGGUCUUCAAGUACUCUGAGAAUGGGUGGACUGGUCUGGAUAACCUGGUCAUUGAGAAACUUGCAAUUUGCCAGAAAACAUUGAACCACGUUGCUCAAUAUCUCGACUCUUGUCUUCAUCUAGUCGUAACUUCCGAGAUGCUUUCUGCGGAACGUGUGUCACAUUUUGCAAAUGAGUUUUUAUGGGCAGCCUCGAAUCUUGAUCAUGUCAUAAAGAAGCAGGACAGCGCCGUAAUCAGUGUCGCUAUCUUGUCCGUGGUGAACGAAAUUGGAGAUGAUGAUGGCUUGGUGGUUGCCGUCGAAGUUCAAAAUCACCUGCCACAGGCUUUCACUGCGGACGAGCUCCGCUUAUCUUUGACUGGUGGUGACAUGGGAGACCAUCAUUGCAGGGCUACCAACCUGAAAGUGGAACCUGGCGCAAACAAAAUUCUGUUGACGGGAGAGAAAAUUACAAUCUCGGGUACUUAUACGGUCGGCUUGACGACAUUGCAAAUUGGAAAGUUGCAGCUCGAGUACCGGAGUAGAACGUCGUUUCGCGUGACUGGCAAUCCAGUUCCUGUGAGAAUAUUGGCAGGUCUUCCGGACAAAAUAACGUUUGGUGAAACAAACAACAGUCUGCAGAUUAAGUUAUUUACCGGCCAUCAAGCGAUUAAAGGCGGCAGUUUGGUAAUUUCUGCGCUCACACCGGUGUCCUUUCCUACAAUGAAAUCUGUACUGUUCCGAACAACGUCCAGUUUAGAGGAAACUGCCCACGCGAAAGAGCGUACAAUUGAUACCACGGAAAACAGAAUUCUCCUGCCAGCUUGUGAGCAGCACGAGAUGGUCACAUUCUACGUUCCUUUCAACGAAUCAAAUGACACUAUGUCCCAUGAACACAAGCUGAGAAUCCUUUUGGAUUACACGACAGAAGGCGACAAACGAUUCACAUGUGCGGUGAUUGAGAGGAUUAAUCUGUCGCCUUCGUUCGACUUGAAUUACUCCAUCACCUACAGUCCGACUGGGUCUCUCUUGCAAUACACUCUGAGAGGAAACGAAUCUGUGCCGAUUCGCAUUCUGCAAGCAAGGAUCGACCUGACCCCUAUCCAUCAACCUGUAGCGUAUUCAGAUGUACAGGGAAUGGUGAUCUUUCAUAGUCAAGUAGUGCCAUUACUGUACAAGCUGGAACCCAACAAUGCACCGCCUUCAGAUGUCUCCAAGAAGACGGCAAGCUAUGAGCCCUCGGACGUAAAAGUACAGUUGACUUUGAACUAUUAUUCCUUGAAAGAAGAGCUCGAAGCAUAUUUGCUAGACAACCUUAGUCGCUGCCUUGUUGAACGUAACAUGGCCAAAUACUCGGCAUGUCUUGCUCACUUUGUUCGAGAGAGCAUUGUACCGAACAUCGACUAUCUGUGCUACGCUGUCAAGAAAAGUGUGUCGCUCCCACCAGUGGACUUACCUGCAUUGGAGGCAAUCUUGAAUUCACAACCUGCACAGAUAAUCAAGGAUAUCGGUGAUUUUAUGAACGAUUUUUCAAAGAAAUUUUCGGUAAUAUCAGAGGCUGAUGCGCAGCAAGCGAAGGGGCUUACCAUCAAAACACUCGUAUACCACACCGAAUCCCCGCUUUGCAAGGUGCUCCUCACAGCUAAAGUUAGUGUACGAAAAGCUGCGGCUACGGCUGAAGGUGUCGUCGUGAGCAAGCCUUUGCCAUGCUGUCUGCGAAUCACGUCUGCUCAGUGGGAGGACGCGAGCAGCGAGAUUCCUCUCAUUUACGAGAUAACAGUGGACCACACCAGCUGGAUGUUUUCAGGGAAGAGGAAGCAAGCGUUCACGCUAAAGGCGGAGGGAUCUGCAGAGUUCCCGUUCACCCUCAUUCCUGUCAAAACAGGACGACUGCUACUGCCUCAAGUUACUAUCCGUAGUUCGUCAACGGUUGUGCAGACAGUAUAUCCCACGAAUUCCUUGAGUAUCCAUAGUUCUGCACCAUUGCAUGCCCAAAUAGCCCUAGGUCUCGCUGACUUUUAAGUGCUAGUACAUCAUGACGUAUUAUUUAUAUAUUUCCAGCUACCGGUUAUUGCUCACUACCAAAACUCC